UUUUGACAUUUAAUUUGUGACAUUAUCUUUGCGUUGUGUGUUGUCUCGAAAAAAUGACUAUUUUGUUAAAAUUUCUAUGAAAAUGCACAUAUUUUUUGUAUAAGACACUCAAUAACUAAACCCUGGAUGUGUAGUGCACAAAAAUGGCUUGUAAAAAGCUUGGGAAAACCCGUCUAGUGGCAGAAGUCGUGGAUCCCGAGACCCUCGAGUAUGGUCCUUGCGCGUUUUGCCAACGCACCGUGAACGAUGAAGUGGGCUUCGGGAAACUGUAUUCUAUCGGCAAUAUAUACUGCCACUAUUUCUGUGUGCUCCUGUCAUGCUGCCUGGUGCAGAAGGGUGACGAUGAGGAGGGUCUGCUCGGCUUCCUCUACCCAGAUAUCCUUGCUGAGAUAGAGAGGAGUAAGAAACAUAAAUGCUCGUACUGCGGUAAGGACGGUGCCACGCUCGGCUGCGCGGUGACCCAGUGCCGCAAGCAGUUCCACCUGCCGUGCGGGCGGGAGCAUAAUGCUGUCUCACUGUACUAUGGGACUUACAAGUCAUUCUGUGAGAAGCACGCCCCCAAGCAACGCAUCUCCGACGAGGUGAUGCGGCGCGCGCGGCCGCGGCUACAGGCACGGAGGAAGAACAAGGGCAAGGACAGUAUGAGUGGAGGUGGAGCUGUGGAUGAGGCCGCACCCGACAGCGUGUGUGUGAUAUGCUACGAGGCGGUGUCCGGGUUCCCGGACGCGGGCACGUUCUGGCCCCCGUGCUGCGCCACCGACAACUGGCUGCAUCGGAGCUCCGCUCCAGAGAGUGUGUGUGUGAUAUGCUACGAGGCGGUGUCCGGGUUCCCGGACGCGGGCACGUUCUGGCCCCCGUGCUGCGCCACCGACAACUGGCUGCAUCGGAGCUGUUUAGAGCGCAUGGCUCUAAGCGCCGGCCUCCACUACCUCAAGUGCCCGCUCUGCAACGACAAGGACGCGUUCUGUAAGGCGCUCCUCACGCACGGGUACUACGUGCCGGACCGAGACGCAGCAUGGGAGUUGGAACAGAACGCGUUCAGAGACAUCUACGAGCGAGAAGUUGUCUGCACGAUGGAGCACUGCCGCUGCCCCAGGGGGCGCCACUACGACUCCGAGUCUGGUGAAUGGGACAUAGUGCCGUGCCUGCUGUGCGGCGGGGGCGCGCACGCGGCGUGCGGGGGGCGCGUGUGCGACACUUGCCGCCCCGCCGCCCCCCAACAGAUGCAGCAGUUGGAAGAAAAGAUUCAAGACUGUAAGUAUACUAUAUCAUUCUUUUAUCUUAUAACAUAUCGUGAAAAACACUUAAUAAAGCAAGAAGAGGCGGAGAAACGGCGACAGCUGGCGACAAGACGCCGCAUGCCGAGCCGUAUGUCGUUGCGCCGCACCAAGCCGCGAGCGACGCCGUUACCUGAAGCAGCACCAUCAAAACCCGACACUAACUCAAGCCGUCUGGAGCUAAACAUCAGAACAGUGAAGAAACCCCAACCCCGUCACACCUCCAUAAUUGACCCAUCUGUCUUAAGUUCCUUAGAGAAUAAACUCCUGUCCCCUAUCAAAAGGGUCGAAGAAGGGUUGAAGGAAAGAUUCGGUGAUGAAGUAUGGAAAGUGGAUUCUAGAAAAAUCGUGGAGAAAUUGAGGGUUAAGUUUAAAAAGCCGAGGCCUUUGAGUGAGAAAAGGAAGAUUAUUAUUUCAAUAUGCAACGAGAUAAUGAACGAAGUACCCAAGAGUCGGACGCCAUUGAAGAGAUUUCAUUCACCCAAAAAACAUGGAGGGGAGUCCCCGAAACAGCUAGACUUGAAGGAGAAUACGCCACAGAAAAGCAGCUUCACUGAAAAUAUCUCCGGGUUGCCUGAAAACGAAAACGUAGUCUACAAAACACCCAAUAAAGCAAAAAACCCUAAAAGAAUUCCUGACAAAAAUGCAGAACUAAAUGACACAGUUAAGGCAGAAGUGAACGAAGAAGCAAUGGAUGUGGAUGAAUCAUCUAAUAGUACAUUCAAUCUACCCGCUGAGUUCAUAGCCGAAACCCAUAGCGACGAUAGCCUCCCGAUAUUCGACACUCCUAAAAAAUCCACUACCGUCAACAUAGAGAAAGACAAGAGCUUAGAAAUAUCAGAAAACAACGAACACAUAAGCAUAGACGUUAUAGAAAUAAAACAGAACGAUAACGCUAAAGACACCAAAGAUAUAUUCCAGAAUUUAAACCUGAAAAGUCCAGCUAAGCAAGAGAAAUGCGCUUUCAAAUUCAGUCCUACGAACAAAGAUGUUCUUGAAAAGAAAAACGUCAAUAUUGAUUUAGAGAGCUUCAAAAAUCAGUACCUUAACGAAGUUGACAAAGAUUAUCAGUGCAGUUACAAUCACAAGCACGAUGAUAAGGACAAAGGCACAAUGUAUAGUUCAGCGAUCAAAUUCGCUAUAAACGCUGCUUUGAAGAAGGAAAAAGAUGUAGAUGGUAAUGAUAAAACUGUAAAAAGUGAAGUUGAUAAUGAUGAUAAGCCUAUUAUUAUAGAUGAUGGUGAAGAAAAACACAGUGAGUCGAAAAAGCUAAGGAAACGCAAGCUGACACUGAAAAGGAGAGACAAGAAGAAAAAACGGAAAAUGGCUUUGAAAGAAAAGAAGAAAACACACAAAAAAGUUCAGAAUUCCGUGCAAAUAAAGGUAGUCUACAAUGACGAGUCGCCGCAAAAGGAAUCUGAGAAUACCAUAGACUUGACCAUAGAGUCUGGCUCUUCAGAAAAGGAGUUCGAACGUUCGAGAUACAAAAAAGACAUUCGCGUCAAAAUCCAAUGGAAGUCGCAGCAGAAACAAAUGAAAAAAGACAAGAAACGACUAAAAAGGUUGAAAGAAAAAAGGAAAUUGAAAAAAGCCAAAGACAAUGUAGAAGAUAGGAAUGCACAGAAGAAUGAAAACUCUUUGAAACAAACCUUAUUAAAUUUUUCCCCCGAGGCUUCGAAUAAGGACGUUGUUUUGAUAUGUGAUGAGAAACCAACACCUAAAAAGAGGAAGCCUAAACUAGAUAAAGGAGCUGAUAAUAUGAAACAGUUGUCUUUGCAUAACUUCUUCAAACUCAAAUAAUAUUAGCAAUCCAACUCUGUAUCGAAAGAAAGUGAGAAAAUGGCAUAACGCGACGCUUGCUUUCAAGAGCAUUUUUCCUAAAUAUACAGGGUGUUGUAAAAAGGGUAUACUAAGCCGAAACCAGCAUAUGCAGCAUGUUAUAUCUAAGCUCGAAACUGAAAUCAGAAUUUAUAACAUGCUGCACAUGCUGGCUCAGUAUACCCUUUUUGCAACACCCUGUAUAAGUAAUGAUAGCUGGCCUAAAUUUCGCUGUUUUACUGUUAGCAAUAGUGAUAGCACUCAUCUUGCAAUUCUUUAUCACAAAAUUUUACACUUUUCUAUGAAAAUUAAUUGCUUUAUGAGAAAUUUGGAGAACAUCGUCUGUAUAAUUACUUUUCUCUGUUGAGAGGUUUAUUAUUUAUAGUCAUAGCCAUAAAGUGCCUUAUUUAUUAACUACGUUAUUCGACCUUUUGAAUGAGCUUAUAUUUUUUGAUAUGAUUUCAUCUUCGACCAUUUGUAUAUAAUCAAAGGAUUUCAUUCAUCUACUGUAAAUUCUCUUCGGUGUAUAUCACUUUCUUAUGUUUCUAAUUAGCAUUAUUAUUGUACAAGCGAUACUUCGUGUGUAUCAUUUAAUAUUUUUUGUAACUCUUUCACUAAUUAAAUUGUGUAUAUUUGUAGGAAGUGACAUCACAUAUAAUAUAUGUAAUGUAUACUUGAAUUUGAAUUGUAUACUUACCUAACCUAUGAUAUAUACUAUAUUUUUUUUCUUUUUCCCUUGAAUUUUGUCAAUGAUUUUCGCAGUUUACACACCUACUAAAAUUGUAACUUACACACAAUGAAUUAAAAUUUUUGCAAUGUUACUAUUUAACUAGUUAAUUAAGUUUUCUCCUGUUAUUUACUUUAUGUUUAACUUUUCGGCCCUCCAAGUCUAUAAGUAUAGAUUUAAGGUAGCAUGUAUAUUUUGUUUCCAUUUAACUGUUUGAAGCCAAAAUAAAAUAAAAUAUA